GUUGAAAUUCAUGGAUGUCACUUCUAUAAUUAUUUGGAUGAUUCUUCAACCUUUGAAGGACUAAUUUGUUGUAAAAAUUUAGAGACUUUAAAGAUUGAAGAUUGUUAUAAUUUAACAAAUGACAUUAUGAAACCAUUAGGAAAUACGAUAUUCCCAAAAUUACAUACUCUUUAUUUCUCUAAUUAUAGGGUAAUUGAUGAUGAUUUAGGAGAUCAUCCUUAUCAAGGAAUAAUUCAAAACAAUGAUCAAAAUAUUCCAGAUCAUCCUUACUUAGCACUAAUAACUAUUAUUAAGAAUUCAAAUGCAACAUUAAGAAAUGUGAGAUUAAAUAUGGAUUUGGUUAAUUAUCCUAAUAUUAUUUCAAUUUGUGCGACAUAUUGUCCGAACAUUACUUAUUACAAAGCAAGAAUUCAAAAUCAUUCGGAGAUGAAUCAAUUAUUACAACUCCUAAAAUCUUGUACUCAAUUAGAACAACUAGAGAUAACAGCAGAAAAAUGGGAUAGUUCAGUCUCUAUUGGAUUGCCAUGGGAAAUUGAUUUAUUCUUUCCAGAAAUUGGAAAAUUAUUACCAAAAACUUUAAAAUAUUUUGAUAUUGAUGGAUGGAGUUGUACACCAUUGGGUUUAAGUAAUUUUUUAAAGAAUUGUAAUGUUGAUAUUAAGAGGAUGAGUUGGAUGUGUUAUAUUAGUAGCGCUGAUUAUUUGGACGUUAUAGAGAAAUAUGCGAAAUUAAAGGGUAGAAAAGUUAAUGGACACAGAGAAAAAAAAGAAUGGGGUCUUAAUCUUACUUUGAUUGUAGAUUUUGACUGAGAUAAUAUGAAAUGUAGUUCAAUAUAAAGUGAUUCUCAUAUUUCAGUUCUUGAAUUUUUCUUAUAUUUUACAAAAAAAUUUGAUUAUCUUUUAAGAACCUAUUUAUUCAAAAUGAUACGGACGUUUAAAUUAACUUUA